CUUUUUGCGGAAGAAUCCACCGGGGCGGGGCUACCCAUGAAUAUAUAAGGAAGCCCCGGGUGUGGCGUAGGCAGUUCCGUCCGAACCGGGAGUUCAGAUUUCGUUCUUCUGUGUUCGGUGCUGUCACCACCACCAAUUGACAAUGCAGAUCUUUGUAAAGACCCUCACUGGUAAAACCAUCACUCUGGAGGUGGAGCCCAGUGACACCAUCGAGAAUGUCAAGGGGAAGAUACAAGAAAAAGAGGGCAUUCCUCCAGACCAGCAGAGGUUGAUCUUUGCCGGGAAACAGCUGGAAGAUGGGCGCACCCUGUCUGACUACAACAUCCAGAAAGAGUCCACUCUGCACCUGGUCCUCCGCCUCAGAGGUGGGAUGCAGAUCUUCGUGAAGACCCUGACCGGUAAGACCAUCACCCUGGAGGUGGAGCCCAGUGACACCAUCGAGAAUGUCAAGGCCAAGAUCCAAGACAAAGAGGGCAUCCCCCCGGACCAGCAGAGGUUGAUCUUUGCCGGGAAACAGCUGGAAGAUGGGCGCACCCUGUCUGACUACAACAUCCAGAAAGAGUCCACUCUGCACCUGGUCCUCCGCCUCAGAGGUGGGAUGCAGAUCUUCGUGAAGACCCUGACCGGUAAGACCAUCACCCUGGAGGUGGAGCCCAGUGACACCAUCGAGAAUGUCAAGGCCAAGAUCCAAGACAAAGAGGGCAUCCCCCCAGACCAGCAGAGGUUGAUCUUUGCCGGGAAACAGCUGGAAGAUGGGCGCACCCUGUCUGACUACAACAUCCAGAAAGAGUCCACUCUGCACCUGGUCCUCCGCCUCAGAGGUGGGAUGCAGAUCUUCGUGAAGACCCUGACCGGUAAGACCAUCACCCUGGAGGUGGAGCCCAGUGACACCAUCGAGAAUGUCAAGGCCAAGAUCCAAGACAAAGAGGGCAUCCCCCCGGACCAGCAGAGGUUGAUCUUUGCCGGGAAACAGCUGGAAGAUGGGCGCACCCUGUCUGACUACAACAUCCAGAAAGAGUCCACUCUGCACCUGGUCCUCCGCCUCAGAGGUGGGAUGCAGAUCUUCGUGAAGACCCUGACCGGUAAGACCAUCACCCUGGAGGUGGAGCCCAGUGACACCAUCGAGAAUGUCAAGGCCAAGAUCCAAGACAAAGAGGGCAUCCCCCCGGACCAGCAGAGGUUGAUCUUUGCCGGGAAACAGCUGGAAGAUGGGCGCACCCUGUCUGACUACAACAUCCAGAAAGAGUCCACUCUGCACCUGGUCCUCCGCCUCAGAGGUGGGAUGCAGAUCUUCGUGAAGACCCUGACCGGUAAGACCAUCACCCUGGAGGUAGAGCCCAGUGACACCAUCGAGAAUGUCAAGGCCAAGAUCCAAGACAAAGAGGGCAUCCCCCCAGACCAGCAGAGGUUGAUCUUUGCCGGGAAACAGCUGGAAGAUGGGCGCACCCUGUCUGACUACAACAUCCAGAAAGAGUCCACUCUGCACCUGGUCCUCCGCCUCAGAGGUGGGAUGCAGAUCUUCGUGAAGACCCUGACCGGUAAGACCAUCACCCUGGAGGUGGAGCCCAGUGACACCAUCGAGAAUGUCAAGGCCAAGAUCCAAGACAAAGAGGGCAUCCCCCCGGACCAGCAGAGGUUGAUCUUUGCCGGGAAACAGCUGGAAGAUGGGCGCACCCUGUCUGACUACAACAUCCAGAAAGAGUCCACUCUGCACCUGGUCCUCCGCCUCAGAGGUGGGAUGCAGAUCUUCGUGAAGACCCUGACCGGUAAGACCAUCACCCUGGAGGUGGAGCCCAGUGACACCAUCGAGAAUGUCAAGGCCAAGAUCCAAGACAAAGAGGGCAUCCCCCCGGACCAGCAGAGGUUGAUCUUUGCCGGGAAACAGCUGGAAGAUGGGCGCACCCUGUCUGACUACAACAUCCAGAAAGAGUCCACUCUGCACCUGGUCCUCCGCCUCAGAGGUGGGAUGCAGAUCUUCGUGAAGACCCUGACCGGUAAGACCAUCACCCUGGAGGUGGAGCCCAGUGACACCAUCGAGAAUGUCAAGGCCAAGAUCCAAGACAAAGAGGGCAUCCCCCCAGACCAGCAGAGGUUGAUCUUUGCCGGGAAACAGCUGGAAGAUGGGCGCACCCUGUCUGACUACAACAUCCAGAAAGAGUCCACUCUGCACCUGGUCCUCCGCCUCAGAGGUGGGAUGCAGAUCUUCGUGAAGACCCUGACCGGUAAGACCAUCACCCUGGAGGUGGAGCCCAGUGACACCAUCGAGAAUGUCAAGGCCAAGAUCCAAGACAAAGAGGGCAUCCCCCCGGACCAGCAGAGGUUGAUCUUUGCCGGGAAACAGCUGGAAGAUGGGCGCACCCUGUCUGACUACAACAUCCAGAAAGAGUCCACUCUGCACCUGGUCCUCCGCCUCAGAGGUGGGAUGCAGAUCUUCGUGAAGACCCUGACCGGUAAGACCAUCACCCUGGAGGUGGAGCCCAGUGACACCAUCGAGAAUGUCAAGGCCAAGAUCCAAGACAAAGAGGGCAUCCCCCCAGACCAGCAGAGGUUGAUCUUUGCCGGGAAACAGCUGGAAGAUGGGCGCACCCUGUCUGACUACAACAUCCAGAAAGAGUCCACUCUGCACUUGGUCCUCCGCCUCAGAGGUGGGAUGCAGAUCUUCGUGAAGACCCUGACCGGUAAGACCAUCACCCUGGAGGUGGAGCCCAGUGACACCAUCGAGAAUGUCAAGGCCAAGAUCCAAGACAAAGAGGGCAUCCCCCCGGACCAGCAGAGGUUGAUCUUUGCCGGGAAACAGCUGGAAGAUGGGCGCACCCUGUCUGACUACAACAUCCAGAAAGAGCCACUCUGCACUUGGUCCUGCGCUUGAGGGGAGGUGUUUUAAGUUCUCCCUUUUAAGCUUUCAAUAAAUUACAUUGCACUUUUCUUUCAAUAAAGUUGUUGCAUUCCCAAA